AAUUUUCAUUUACAUAAUGCGAGCAUUUGCAAUCGCGUAAUCCUUAAAUGGUAUAAAGAACAAGAAAUACCAUGAAACUCGAAUAAUUAGGCUGCAUCCGACAUUUUAUACUGGAUUUCCUGCGAUUAUCUCCUUAAAAGGAUAGUCGUGAGAGACGAAAGAAAUUAUUACACGGAGAGGAGAAUGACCGUAACACUGAACUAAUUAUAAGAAUGCUUAAUCCUGCUGCACUGUGCAAACGCGUGAUGUAAUGAAUUUGCUAUCACGCUACAUCCUUGUAUCCAUGUCUCGACAUGGAUCAUCAAUUUUUACCGAGAGAUAAAAUCGCUCGUAAAUGCGAUGCAUUUGUUUAAUACUCGUCGCAUGCGACGUGGAUGUACACCGAGAGAGAAAUUUACGUGGAGUGUGUAGGUAUAUUUGCGGUACAAUCGCAUAAUAUCAAUUUUGAUGAAACAGCUGCGAGCCGGCCUAGAAUUAAUCGGCAAAAUAAUGGCAUAAAGCGAUACGCGUGUCCCAUAGGAUUCUUCCGAUUGAAGAGAUAUUGUUAUUAUUUAAGCGGCGGAACGGCACCCUGGAGAGAGGCCUAUUUUCACUGUAAAGAUAGAAAUGCUACUCUGGCUAUUCUCGAUAGGAAUGGGAAGGAUCGAAUGUUAAGAAAAUAUUUGUGGAACGAUCAAUUUACAAAAUUAGAAAGAUGGAUCGGUGGAAUAUAUAAUUGGCAACAAAUGGCUUGGGAAUGGGGCAUAACUGGAGAAAAAGUGCAUUUUCAAAAUUUUGGUCUACCUGAAUUUAAUCGAUCCAAAGAAUACGCGUGGCACUGUAUCACAAUCGAUCCCACGUUAAAGUAUAAAUGGAAACCAAAAAGUUGCGUCGAACGAAAACAUUACGUAUGCGAAGUACUGGCUGGACGUAUAGUCAGAAGACGUAAAAAAACAGCGGACUCUCGUGCAUUGCAAAAUCAAAAAUCGCGAAAGAAAGGUAAAAAAUAUUUAAAUGAAUCGCACAAAUCAAAUGGACGGAACAAACAGCGAAAUGCAUGGAAAAAAAGAAAUUAUAUAGAGCAAAAUGCAGAUGAUUGGGCACAUGGUGUGAAAUUGGGUUCAAGGCCACCAUCUUACAACGAAAAUUAUUUGAAUCUACGAAUGCGGCAUCAUUCGAAUAGAACUGGACCGAUAAUGGCACAAAUUCAAGAAAAAGAAUACAAUGCAUUUCUAGCAGAUGGAUCCAAUAACGGUCCGCAAAGUCUAACGGAUAGAAAUAGAAUUUUUCCUCAAAUCUCUGGAAUCAACUUGGCAAGUGAAGAAGUUCUAAAAGGUUCUUAAAGCCAUAAGCAAAACGUUGUAUAUUAUUAACUAUAUUAUACUCUUUGUACGACUUCAAACAUCAUUGAUCAUUGAUCAUUGAUUAUUAUUAUUUUAAAAAAAAUCUUUCAAAUUGAUAUAAUGAUUUAUCGAAUAAUAGAUUUACCGAGUAAUGAAUCGAAUAAAAUUAACCAAAUUAAUUCUAGUUUUCAUUUUAACUUUAUGGAAGAUGAAAAUCGUUUAAAUUCUAUUAAAGAUUGUCGAACACAGACUGAAAUAAUUUAUUCACAUUAGAUUGGCGAAAUAGUCUCUCAUGUUCCUCUCUUUAAAUAAAUAGAUAAGAUUUUUGAAAAUGUA